GCUCUCGCGCCGGUGAUGCUAGGCGGCUCCCUCGGCUCCGGGCUGUUGCGGGGUGUGAGUGUGGGCCGCGGGCAGUUCGGGGCGCGCGGGAUCCGCCGGGGGGGCGCAGCCAUGGCAGCAGGGGAGAGCAUGGCUCAGCGGAUGGUCUGGGUGGACCUGGAGAUGACAGGAUUGGACAUUGAGAAGGACCAGAUUAUUGAGAUGGCCUGUUUGAUAACAGAUUCGGAUCUCAACAUAUUGGCUGAGGGUCCUAACCUGAUUAUUAAGCAGCCAGACGAGUUACUGGACAGCAUGUCAGAUUGGUGUAAAGAACAUCAUGGGAAGUCCGGUCUAACCAAGGCAGUGAAGGAGAGUACAAUGACAUUGCAGCAGGCAGAGUAUGAAUUUCUGUCCUUUGUACGACAGCAGACUCCUCCGGGGCUCUGUCCACUUGCAGGAAAUUCAGUUCAUGCAGAUAAGAAGUUUCUUGACAAAUACAUGCCCCAGUUCAUGAAACAUCUUCACUAUAGAAUAAUUGAUGUGAGCACUGUUAAAGAACUGUGCAGACGCUGGUAUCCAGAAGAAUAUGAAUUUGCACCAAAGAAGGCUGCUUCUCACAGGGCACUGGAUGACAUUAGUGAAAGCAUCAAAGAACUUCAAUUUUACCGAAAUAACAUCUUCAAGAAAAAAACAGAUGAAAAGAAGAGGAAAAUCAUAGAAAAUGGGGAAAAUGAGAAGACUGUGAGUUGAGGCUAGGCCUCAUACUGCUGCCACAGAGUUCUCUGGAAGCAAACCUCUAGUGGUAUUGGUUCUCCCUCUUUGUUCAUGCUGAUUGCUUGUCCGAGCUCCUCUCAGUUAACUCACCUCUCCAGGUUACUCGAGCAGACAACACCCGAAAUCAUAUUUUUCUUCCUAACAUGCUGUUUCUGUUUCUGACACAGCGCUCCUUUGUAAGUACCAGGGCGCAUUCACUCCUUGGUACAUACCUACCUUUGCUUUUAGACUUUCUUUUCGUUUUAAAAAUAAAUAUGAAUAAAAUCUAGUUCUAUUGAAAUGCAAACUUA